AUGUCUUCAUCAGUUCGAACUGGAGGUGAUUUAUCUGACGAUGAUGAUGCUGAUGCAGUGAUGAUGUUUGAUUUUUCGAAGUAUCUCGCGGAGAAAGCUGGUGCUACGAAAUCUGAUUUCGCAGCUCCACGUCCGGAUAUUCAGCCGAUUGGUUGGGGUGGUUUUGAUGAUAGUGUACCAGAUACGCCAUUUCAAAUUCUCGGCAGCGCUUCGAAUCAAAUAGAUAUGACAAGUCUCAUGGCUGAUCUCCAAAGUAAAAUUCUGCCCCAUUUACCCAACGUGUGGACGCCUGCAGAAGAAAAGACCGGCGUACUCGUUGAUGUUGAUAGUGUACCUACUCCUCCGAAAAAGUCGACCGCUCCUGCUUUGCAGAACAUUGGCACUACUGUCCUUGAACCCACAAAAUUGUAUUUGGACAAAAUGGAAAUGUUGGAGGAUCGUGAACGUGCACAAAAAGAGGAAAUAGUUGAUCUAAUGCAGUUUGACGAAGGAGAUGACAUGGACUGUAGCACUGCCGUUGAAUGCUGUUCAGACGAUGAGUACGCUCAGUUAGAAGAUGGUGAGCGUCAAAAGUAUGAGCGUGAUCAUUCUGUAGUUAUCAAUCGAAAGCUGUCUGAGGGAGAGAUUAUUGCCCCAGAACUGCCCAGCUGGCAGAAUCGUUUUUCGUUUGCUUCGGCGUCUCUGUCGUCGACGUGUUUGGUAUCGAAUGGCACGGUCUCGUUAGAUUAUCAUUCCGAGUCACUUCUCAAGGAAAAUCCCUACGGUGUUUCUCCUCGUUUGCUAUUGACGGCUCUCACAACAUCCAAUGCGAACGACGGCAUCAAUCUGGAA